UCAGAAAAUUGUUGAAGAAGUCAGAAAUAAAUUAGAUGUUGCACAUCCAGAUGUUGUGAACCACCAAGUUGGACUGGAGUCUCGUUUGCAAAAGCUCAAUGUUAUAUUGAGCAUGGAAUCAAGUGAUGUUCGCAUUGUAGGAAUAUGGGGGAUUUGUGGUAUUGGUCAAUAGCUAAAAGCCUAUACAGUCGCAUCCAACGUAAGCUUGAACGUAGCAGCUUCCUUGCAAAUAUCAGAGAAACUUCGAAACAGCCGAAUGGUCUGGUUGUUCUACAGGAGAAACUUCUUUCUGAUAUAUUUGGUAGUGGAACUCAAAACAUAAAGAAUGUUGAUCAAGGAAUCGAGGUUAUAAAGCGGAGAGCUUUCUUUGGAAAGGUUCUUCUUGUUCUGGAUGAUGUGGAUGGUGUCCAACAAUUGAAGGCACUAGCCAUAUGUAGAGAUUUAUUUGUUCCUGGAAGCAGAAUCAUCAUAACAACAAGAGAUAGGUCUUCGCUAAAUUUCCUCGAAUUGGAUGAGAAUGAGAUAUAUGUACCAGAGGAAUUGAACAAGGACGAAUCCCUUGAGCUCUUCAGCUGGCAUGCCUUUAAGGAAGACCAUCCCAGAGAAGACUAUGUGGAGCUUUCAGGCCAAUUUGUAAAUCAUGCUUGGGGGCUUCCUUUAGCUCUUGUAAAGUUUUGGGUUUUUUUUUUAUUUCGCAAAAGCAUACCUGAAUGGAAAGAAGCAAUGCCGGAGUUAAAACAAAUCCUUCUUGCGGGUAUUUAUGGAAGGCUAAAGAUAAGUCUUGACACGCUAACUGAUGAAUUCGAGGAGUUAUUCUUCCAUAUGGCAUGUUUCUUUGCUGGAACCAAUCGAGAUUUUACAAUCAAAAUACUUGAAGGCCGUUACUUUUCCGCUGCUAUUGGCAUUCAGGUUCUGGCUGAUCAGUGUUUAAUAAAAUAUGGGCCCAGGAAUGAACUUGUUAUGGAUGACAUGCUUAUAGACAUGGGCAGAGAAAUUCUCCGGCAACAAUCUGUUAAGGACCCAGGGAAACGUAGAAGAUUAUGGUAUCAUGAUGACGCCCUUGAAGUUCUAAAAGAUGGCACGGGAGCUGAAGUGGUUGAAGGCCUCGUCUUAAACUUUCCUAAGCCAAGCAAUGUCCAAGUGAAUGCAAAGGCGUUCAAAAAGAUGAAUAGACUGUGGCUGCUUCAUCUCAAUCACGUUCAUCUAACUGAUCUAAGUAUAGGUUAUGAACAUAUCUCCAAAAGGCUAUUAUGGUUGUGUUGGAAUGGCUUUGCUUUGGAAUGUGUGCCAUCGAACUUCUAUAUGGAGAAUUUGGUUGCUCUUGACUUGCGUUAUAGCAGCCUACAACAAGUAUGGGACGGAAGUCACGGAACCAAGAUUUUGCCUAAAUUGAAGUUCCUUUAUCUAAGUCAUUGCUAUUACCUGACCAAAACCCCUGACUUCUCUGGACUCGACAAUCUUGAGGAACUGUUGCUUAACGACUGUGUAAGGUUGGUAGAUGUUGACGAAUUUAUUAUAUGUCUGGACAAACUAGUUGUCCUAGAUUUGAAGAACUGUGAAAAACUUCGGACGAUUCCAUUAAGAGUUUGGAUGUUGAAAUCUCUUAGAUGCCUUGAAAUAUCUGGCUGCUGCAAACUUGUACAAUUUGCUGGAUUUGAAGGAUUGCCAGAUUCAAUUGGUUUGCCCCUGGCCUCUGUACAAGGAUUAAGUUGCUUAAAGAAAUUGAGCAUGGGAACUUGCCAUCUAUCAUGUUUACCAUUUGAAAUUGGAAGUUUGAUCUCAUUAGAGGUGUUGCAUCUUUAUGGAAAGAGUUCACUUACCUUACCACAUAGCAUCUGUAACAUUACUCGUUUGAACUUAUUAGAUUUGACAGACUGUAAUUUUUCACAUCUACCCGGUGAUAUUGGGAGAUUGAUCUCAUUAGAGACUUUGAAUCUUGGAGGAAACUGUUUAAUUGUCUUACCGAGUAGUAUUUGUAACCUUAUUUGCUUGAAGUUUUUGGAUUUAAAAGACUGCACUUUGUCCCAUCUGCCCAGCGACAUUGGGGGGUUGAUCUCAUUAGAGACAUUGAAUCUUGGAGGAAACAAGUUAGUUGAGUUACCGGGUAGUAUAUGUGACCUUACUUGCUUGAAGGCAUUGGAUUUGAAAGACUGCAAUGUGUCUUAUCUGCCUGGUGACAUUGGGGGGUUGAUCUCAUUAGAGACUUUGAAUCUUGGAGGAAAUGAUUUACUUGCCUUACCGGGUAGUAUAUGUCACCUUACUCGCUUGAAGUCAUUGGAUUUGAAAGACUGUAAAGUGUCCUAUUUGCCUGGCAACAUUGGGGGGUUAGUUUCAUUAGAAACUUUGAAUGUUCAAGGGAACAGGUUAGUUGAGUCCCGUCAUUAUUUGAAAGAUUGUAAAGUGUCCUAUUUGCCUGGCGACAUUGGGGGGUUAGUUUCAUUAGAAACUUUGAAUGUUCGAGGGAACAGGUUAGUUGAGUUACCGGGUAAUAUAUGUGACCUUACUCGCUUGAAGUCACUGGAUUUGAAAGACUGCAAUGUGUCUUAUUUGCCUGGUGACAUUGGGGGUUUGAUCUCAUUAGAGACUUUGAAUCUUGGGGGAAAUGAUUUACUUGCCUUACCGGGUAGUAUAUGUCACCUUACUCGCUUGAAGUCAUUGGAUUUGAAAGGCUGUAAAGUGUCCUAUUUGCCUGGCGACAUUGGGGGGUUAGUGUCAUUACAGACUUUGAAUGUUCGAGGGAACAGGUUAGUUGAGUUACCGGGUAGUAUAUGUGACCUUACUCGCUUGAAGUCAUUGGAUUUGAAAGACUGCAAUGUGUCUUAUCUGCCUGGUGACAUUGGGGGGUUAAUGUCACUAGAGACUUUGAAUCUUGGAGGGAAUAGGUUAGUUAAGUUACCGAGUAGUAUAUGUGACCUUACUCGGUUGAAGUCGUUGGAUUUGAAAGACUGCAAUGUGUCUGAGCUGCCCGAGGACAUUGGGCGGUUGGUCUCAUUAAAGACUUUGAAUGUGGGAGGGAACAAUUUACUUGCCUUACCAAGUAGUGUAUUUAACCUUACUUGCUUGAAUGUUAUUGGAUUUGAAAGACUGUAAUGUGUCCCAUCUGCCCAGCGAAAUUGGGGCUUGAUCUCAUUUGAGACUUUGAAUCUUGGAGGAAACGGUUUACUUGCUUUACCAUAUAGUAUCUGUUACCUUAAUCGCUUGGAGAGAUUGUCUUUGAAAGGAUGCAAUAUGUUCCAUCUGCCUGGUGACAUUGGGAGGUUGAGCUUGUUAGAGCAUUUUGAUCUUCGUGGAAACAAUAUUUGUACCCUACCACAUAGUAUGUUCCAGUACGUUUAUGCACAUUGCAACCAAGCUGCUGCACAUCAUUAGAAGGCAUACCUUCUGGAUUGAAGUUUAGAACAUCGAUGCCCCUUUGGGGUUGACAAGUUAGCUGAGAACAUUUGUUUAAACAAAUUUAUUGGGAGACUCCCCCAAUCUAAGGGAUUGUCUGUGGUGCGGAAAUCUUUUGAUAUUAUUCUGCCAGGGAAUGAAGUUUCGUACCAAAAUGCAGGGUCUCAUUUAACUUUUGUGGUGCCUUCUCUCAUAACUGGGAAAACAUCGGGUUGGAUUUCAUGCGUAGUUUUCAUGGGACACAAAGAAGCUGGUGAAUGGUCUCUUUUUGACUAUUUUAUUAGUUACAAAUCUAAAGAUGUUGAAACAUGUACCUUUCAUGCAAGUUUACUUCCCCUUGUAACCUGCGAAGAUCAAAAUCAGAUGUCUCUCGUCAAUUUACCACUCUGUUACCUAGAAAGCGGUGAUGAAGUAGAGAUAUCUAUGGAAUCACGUGUUGGGGAAGGGAAUGGUGAAGAACCCAUGGUUAACGGUGAAGAAAAGUCAUUUAUGAGGCUGAUGAGAACAUUAUAUAGAAAGGAUCAGAAUCCAGUACAACUUGGCAACUCUUAUCAUGCUGUCAUCCUCAAAGAAGAACGUAGGGCCAACGGUGUCGUCGGAGGCAUUUGAAUUCAAGGAAGAGAAUUUGGAAGGGUCUAGCAUCAGGCACUUUCCUAUUUCAGGUCUUCUUUUUGACUUGCUAGCAGACAUGGGGGCAAGUGGAGGCUUAUUGUCCCCACUGGAGUCAAAUAAAAAGAUAUUUGUUCUUAGUUUGGUCAAUACCCUUUGCCUUACGUAGGUGCAUAUAUCCUUUUUGUGCUUUUCGUGGAGUUCAAUUAUGGUCUCAGAGGAGCGGAGGAUCUCUCCUCGGUAAAACUGUUUCAUUCUCAGUUAAGUUUGAACCCCAUCAGACCAAUACAGAGCUCAAGGUGCUGCCGUUUUAGCCUCCAAGAAUUUAUAAAUUCAAGGGGCUCCUCUUAUCUUGGUAUCCCUUAUAGUAUUUUUUCUUGAAAAGGUAAUUUAUCUAGUUAUAUUUUGUUCAUAAAGAUUCAUAGAAGUGCCUCAUCUUCAAUUUUCGCUUUGGGAUUCAAAAAAUUAGGGCCAGCCCUGGACCUAAAUCAUGAGUUGCCCUUGAUUGGGAUCAUCAUUUUUCAGUGCUGUCAAUAGAGGACACACAAUAACAAGUUGAAUCUUUAUUGUAAAUCAUGAGGGCCGUUUGUACUUUAACCGCAUAUAUGAGCAGUAGAUUGGACCAAGUAUCCAAGGUAACCA